GGGAAGGAGAGGAGGAAACCCGACGAACCAACAAAUCAUUUGAACGAUGAAGAAGUUCCCUCUCCCUACUCCCUCCGGUGAGUUUUAGAUAUUGGCACCGGGCUGUUUCUCUGAAAACCUACUGGAAAACUUCACGGGAAAUGGUUUUGAAUAUCCAUAUUAUGCUUCCUUCACUGCACUUUAACUUUCUAAAGACCUGCUGCUCUGAUCACUAAAAACAAGUAUUGAAGCCACCGCCAUGGGCUCUGUGACGUCUGCCAUGACCAGACGGACCAGACACGCAUUGGUCAAAGUUGGUUCAGAACCCGAGCACGAGACUGACCGGAGCCUCUCCGCCCCGAAGUCUGACCGCGGGAGGAAGAGGAGCGUGCGCCUCAACGUCUCCUCCUCGAACCAGAUCGGACGGCAGAGCACGAGACAGUCGCUGUCCGAGGUGCCGAACGUGCCAGAUGCCGGUGGCGGAAGGGUGGGGACGUCACAGAGCGCUCUCGAGCCCUCUGGUAACGGGCUCAACCGUUCCAAGUCCCAGAGUGCAAUGUGGUCGGCCCCGGCGGCAGGGAUUGGCGUGAGAGACGGAGAGACGAAGAUUCUAUUUGACCCUCGUAGCCCCGAGGAGGUCCUGGCUGAUGAACUUCCUGCUUCUAACGGGCCAGACGUCACAGAGAAGACUGCUAUCAGAUUGAGAUGUCUGCUGAAACAGCUGGAGAGAGGAGAGGUGUCUCUGGUGGACCUCAAGAAGAACCUGGAGUAUGCUGCCACUGUUCUGGAGUCAGUGUAUAUAGAGAAGACCAGGAAAUUGGUCGAUACAGAGGAUGAGCUCAGCGAUAUCCAAUCAGAGUAUGUGCCUUCAGAGGUGCGUGAUUGGUUGGCCUCUACAUUCACACGUCAGAUGGGUUUGAUGCUGCGGCAAACCGAGGAGAAACCACGCUUCAGGAGCAUCGUACACGCUGUGCAGGCUGGUAUCUUCGUAGAGAGGAUGUACAGACGUACCUCCAGCAUGGUGGGACUGAGCUCUCCUACUGCAGUUGUAGCAGUACUGAAGCUGGUUGAUAAGUGGUCGUUUGAUGUGUUUGCUCUGAACGAGGCCAGCGGAGACCACGCCCUCAAAUUCAUCUUCUUUGAACUCCUGACCAGAUACGACCUCAUCAACAGAUUCAAGAUCCCCGUCUCAGCGGUAGUCUCGUUCGUAGAAGCUCUGGAGGCGGGCUACGGUAAACACAACAAUCCCUACCACAACCUGAUGCAUGCUGCGGACGUCACACAGACAAUACACUACCUACUGCUGAAGACUGGCAUCGUGCAUUGGUUGACCGAGCUGGAGAUCUUUGCGAUGAUCUUUGCAGCAGCGGUUCACGACUACGAACACACUGGAACCACCAACAAUUUCCACAUCCAGACCAGAUCAGACACAGCGAUCCUGUACAAUGACCAGUCUGUCCUAGAGAGCCACCAUGUCAGUGCUGCAUACCGCCUCCUACAGGACGAUGAUGAGAUCAACAUACUAUACAACCUGUCUAAAGACGACUGGAGAGAGCUGAGGGGCCUGGUGGUACAGAUGGUUCUGGCUACAGACAUGUCCUGCCACUUCCAGCAGCUGAAACAUAUGAAGAACUUUCUCCAGCAACCGGAGGGGAUUGAUAAACCCAAAGCCAUGUCUUUGCUGCUCCAUACAGCUGAUAUCAGCCACCCAGCUAAGACAUGGGACCUACACCACCGCUGGACAGCAUCUCUUCUGGAGGAGUUUUUCAGACAGGGUGAUAAGGAGGCGGAGCUAGGACUGCCCUUCUCUCCUCUGUGUGACCGCAAGUCAACCAUGGUUGCCCAGUCCCAGAUAGGGUUUAUAGACUUCAUUGUGGUUCCAACCUUCACCGUGUUGACAGAAAUGACGGAAAAUAUUGUCAUUCCGCUCAUCAACGAGGCGUCACUCAGCCUGGCAGGGCUCAGACGCUCCAGUCUAAACAGUAUUAGCUGUGAAGAUGCUAAGCGUGGUAGUGUAAGGAGUACCGGGUCAGAGGGCAGUGCUGCUGGACAUUUGUCUCUACUGGCUGUGGACCUGAAGAACUUCAAGGCUCUGUGGAAUGAAGAGGUUUAUCAGAACAGAGAGAGAUGGAAGACACAGGCCACUAAAGAGACACAGGAGAAGGCCAGAAGGGAGGCUGAGGAGGAGAGAGUGCUGCUGGAAGACACUAUGGAACCCCAGGAGGGAGAAAUUGAAACAGAGCUGGGAGAUAGAGAGUCACAGGAGGAAGAGGGAGAGGAAGAAAAGGUGGAGGGAGAAGAGGAGAGUGAAGUGCCAGAGGAGCUCAACUUACGUCAGGACAGACGCACAGAGAAGACCGGAGAGAGAGAUGGAGUGAGGACAGGAGAGAGGGAUGGAGUGAGGACACAGACUGGAAGUGCAGCAGACACCAGCCCACCAUUACAGAAUGAGGGGGCGGAGUCUCCACAGAGUGACCAGAACAAGACCAAAACACCUGAAGGUAACAUCGAGGUAAGAUACUCCGACCUCUGCUGA